AGUAUGUGGCGAGCACCUCUGUGGCGCGCAUCGCGCCGGCUCUUUGUGCACGUUGCACAGAGGCGCAACCUUUCAGGAACUGGGAACAGGCCUGCCCCCACCAUGUCCUCUCUACUGAUCAGUCAGCCUCAGUAUGCUUGGCUAAAGGAGCUGGGGCUCCGCGAGGAAAACGAGGGCGUGUAUAAUGGAAGCUGGGGAGGCCGGGGAGAGGUUGUCACGACCUAUUGUCCUGCUAACAAUGAACCAAUAGCAAGAGUUCGACAGGCCAAUAUGGCAGAUUAUGAAGAAACUGUAAUGAAAGCAAGAGAAGCAUGGAAAAUCUGGGCAGAUAUUCCUGCUCCAAAGCGAGGAGAAAUAGUGAGACAGAUUGGUGAUGCCUUGAGGGAAAAGAUUCAAGUACUGGGAAGCUUGGUGUCUUUGGAGAUGGGAAAGAUCUUGGUGGAAGGUGUGGGAGAAGUUCAGGAGUAUGUGGAUAUUUGUGAUUAUGCUGUUGGCUUAUCACGGAUGAUUGGGGGACCCAUCUUGCCUUCCGAAAGACCUGGCCAUGCGCUCAUUGAACAGUGGAAUCCUGUCGGUCUGGUUGGAAUCAUCACUGCAUUCAACUUCCCUGUGGCUGUGUACGGCUGGAACAACGCCAUCGCCAUGAUCUGCGGGAACGUCUGCCUUUGGAAAGGAGCUCCAACAACUUCUCUCAUUAGUGUAGCUGUCACAAAGAUAAUUGCCAAGGUUCUGGAAGACAACAAACUGCCUGGUGCUAUCUGUUCUCUGACUUGCGGUGGAGCAGAUAUUGGCGAAGUCAAAGGUCUUAUGCUUUCUAAUAAAAUGACAGUGAUCAAGACUAUGUGGUACCAGCAUAAAGGGAGAAGUUUGUUAGAACUUGGAGGAAACAAUGCUAUUAUUGCUUUUGAGGACGCAGACCUCAGCUUGGUCGUUCCUUCUGCUCUCUUUGCUGCUGUGGGGACAGCUGGCCAGAGGUGUACCACUGCAAGGCGACUGUUUUUGCAUGAAAGCAUCCAUGAUGAAGUUGUAAAUAGACUUAAGAAGGCCUAUGGUCAGAUCCGUGUUGGGGACCCUUGGGAUCCUAAUGUUCUCUAUGGGCCACUCCACACCAAACAAGCAGUGACCAUGUUUCUUGGAGCAGUGGAAGCAGCAAAGAAAGAAGGUGGCACAGUGGUUUUUGGUGGCAAGGCUAUGGAUCGCCCUGGAAAUUAUGUAGAACCGACAAUUGUGACGGGUCUUCCUCACAAUGCAUCCAUUGCACACACAGAGACUUUUGCUCCGAUUCUCUAUGUCUUUAAAUUCAAGAAUGAAGAAGAGGUCUUUGCCUGGAAUAAUGAAGUCAAGCAGGGACUUUCAAGUAGUAUUUUUACUAAGGAUUUGGGAAGAAUCUUCCGCUGGCUUGGACCUAAAGGAUCAGACUGUGGCAUUGUAAAUGUCAACAUUCCAACAAGUGGGGCCGAAAUUGGAGGUGCUUUUGGUGGAGAAAAGCAUACUGGUGGUGGCAGGGAGUCUGGCAGUGAUUCCUGGAAACAGUACAUGAGAAGAUCUACUUGUACCAUCAACUACAGUAAAGACCUUCCUCUGGCUCAAGGAAUCAAGUUUCAGUAAAGGUGCCUUAAGUUGACUUUCUUGUUAGGUAUUCCUACUCCUCUUUCUUCUGAAGAACACAGCAGUAGUAUUUGCUCUGAAUAAAUGCAUCAUUGUGAAUGUAAUAGUGAUUAAUUCAUUAUUCCCUGGAGACUCUUAAUAAACAAAAAUUUUGCUUUUAAAAAAAUGAAAAUUAA